AUGCGUUUCACAACCAUCGUUACGGUCUCGUCCUUUGCCCUUAUGGGCAGCGCCGCUCCGGCCAAAGCCCCGGCCACGUCCUCGUCGGCCAGGCUGCCCCUCCCUAGCAGCGCGCCCAAGCUAAACGAGCUGAACAAAUCCGUUUCCCCAUCCGGUGUCGCCAAGUUGCCUGGUCCUUCUGGUCUACCUACUGUCGACUUCGAGGGCGGCGCGCCACUAAGGGUCCGCAAGCCGGACGACUUGUUCGACGGCAUUCUCGACUACGGCAAGGGCGCGCUACAGAAGGAGAAGUCAAAGGAUGACAAGAAGGAUGACAAGAAGAAGGAAGAUGACAAGAAGGAGGAGAAGCCCAAGAAGGAGGAGAAGCCCAAGGAAAACGACGAGGGUGACGACGAUGACAACGACGACAAGUCUCCCCAGGGCGGCGAAUCCGGCAAUGGCGGUGAAUCCCAGGAGGGAGGUGCAGGCGGCGAGUCCAACGCCGGUGGCGAGGGCCCUCAGGGUGGCGAAGGUCCUCAGGGUGGUGAAGGUCCUCAGGGCGGCGAGGGUCCUCAGGGCGGCGAAGGUCCUCAGGGCGGCGAGACUCCUUCUGGAGGCGAGGCUACCCAAGAGGGUGGAGAGGCCCCUCAGGAGGGAGGCGAGGCCCAAGAGGGUGCUCAGACUCCCUCUGGCGGUAGCCAGACCCCUUCUAACGGUGAGGCUCCCCAGCAGGGCGGUCAGUCCCAAGAGCACGGUUCCCAUUACAAGCGUCAAGCCGAGGAGUCUUCCAAGGGCCACAAGGGUGGCCACAAGGGCAACGACCAUGGCUUCGACUACAAGAUCUUCAACAAGCGCCAGAACCACGAGUCUUCCGAGGGUGGUGAGCACAAGGGCAAGGGCAACGACCAUGGCUUCGACUACAAGAUCUUCAACAAGCGCCAGAACCACGAGUCUUCCAAGGGCGGCAAGCACGACGACGGCUUCGACUAUAAGAUCUUCAACAAGCGCCAGCUCGAGGGCAUCACUGACAUUGUCAACCCCAAGAAGGAGGAUUCCAAGAAAGAUGAGUCUAAGAAGGAGGACUCCAAGAACGAGAGCCAGUCAGAGAAUGCCGACCAAGAUAACUCCACUAAAGAGAAGAGCCAAGCUACCGAGAUCAAGGGAGCAACACUCAACUUUUGCAAUAAGACAAGCGGUCACGGUGGUUGCGAAAAGGUUUGCGGUCUUGCCCAGGCUGAAGGCUUUUGCGAGCAGAACCAGAAGACUGGUAAGUGGGGCUGUGAGUGCAGGGGUGGAAUGAGCGAGGAGUCUGGCGACAACGACAACAAGGACAACAAAGACAAGGAUAACCAGGACGGCAACAACGACAAUGAGGACGACGAGUGA